AUGGCAUCCACAACAACCCCGCCGAAGACCGUCGAGCAGACCUCCGCGGCUGCGCCUCAGACUAAAGAAAAGCUCUUCGGAAGAAAGUUCUAUGAGAGCAUCGGUAGCCCAAAAUAUGUCGUUGCCCCAAUGGUUGACAGAUCCGAGUUUGCGUGGCGCAUGCUCACACGCUCCUUCAUGCCUCCUAAUGACCCGAAACCCUUACUCGCAUACUCCCCAAUGUUCCAUGCACGCAUGUUUGGCGAACAAGAGCGCGUGCGCCACCAGCAUUUCCAGCCUACACGCAAAGCAAUCGGAGGAAGUCAAGAUGAUUUAUUCCUUGAUGGAAACCCUGCAAUUGAUCGGCCACUUUUCGUUCAAUUCUGCACAAACAAUCCCGAUGAGUUCCUCGAAGCCGCCCGCCAUGUCGCCCCUCACUGUGAUGCUGUGGAUCUAAACCUCGGCUGCCCGCAGGGUAUCGCAAAAAGGGGACACUAUGGAGCUUUCCUUCAAGAAGAUUGGGAUUUGAUCUAUAACCUUGUACACCGGCUGCACACCGAACUUUCAAUCCCUGUCACCGUUAAAUUCCGGAUCCAGGAGGACAAGGAACAGACUUUGAAGUACGCCAAAAUGAUUCUCUCCGCCGGUGCUAGUAUCAUCACCGUGCAUGGCCGCAGACGGGAGCAAAAGGGCCACAACACCGGAGUUGCAGAUUGGAGCUACAUCCGCUAUUUGCGCGACAAUCUACCCCCGGACACUGUGAUUUUUGCCAAUGGAAACAUUCUUAACUACGAUGACAUCGAAACCUGUCUCGAGGCAACAGGUGCCGACGCCGUGAUGAGUGCGGAGGGAAACCUAUCCGAUCCAUCCAUCUUCAGCAAGCCGCCCCCUGUUGGAACCGAAGGGAGAGAAUACUGGCGUGGACGAGAUGGAAAGGGCGGUUACCGAGUCGAUGCCAUCAUGCGACGAUACCUUGAUAUUAUCUAUAAAUAUAUUCUCGACCAACCUGCGCCAGAAAGGAAGCCGCUUUAUCUACCGUCUGACCCAGUCGAUGAGUUUGCAGAAACAGAUGAUGCCGAAGAAAACGAUCACGAAGACGGCCCCCAGAAGAAGAAACAAAAGCGCAGCAAAGCAGAGAAGAGCAAGAAGUCCAAUUCUCCCAGCCUGGGUUUCAUGCAAGGCCACCUCUUCCAAGUUCUGCGACCAAUGGUCGCAACGCAUACCAACGUUCGAGAUGCUCUUGCAAAAUCGAUACCAGGAGACAUGGCCGCUUUCGAACACACCCUGACCCUCCUCGAGAAGGCCGUCAAAGGUGGGCUCCAGGAGUACGAAGCUUCCCCCGAGAAGUUUGAGAGCCAACCCGACGAGUCCUUGAAGGGCUCUAAAGCAGUUAUCGCGGAAUAUGGAAGGCCUUGGUGGAUCUGUCAGCCCUACGUCCGUCCUUUGCCCGAGGAAGCAUUUGAGAGUGGAGCUAUGCGUGAGAAGGGCACAAAGCCCCUACCCAAGAAUAAGAACGAAGAGACUAAGGAGGCCGAAAACUUGGACACUCUUGCUGCCGAGGUCACUGUUACACCAGGCGAAAGCGCUGCCGUUACUGCUACCAAGCUGACGCCGGAUGCUCUUGUGAGUGGGUAG